AUGAACCUUCUCCAGCACUCCUGCUACACUCCCAGACCCGCUUUUCACUCUCUCCUCACUCUCCUCAGAAGCUUUGCUCACUCACUUUCGACCCCUUUUCGUUCCUCCUUUCCUCCUCCUUCGAAUAUUUUCAGUCACUCUAUUCUCCCACUCUCUCCCGGCCCUGUUUCGCACCUUCUCCGGCACUCCUGCUACACUCCCACACCCACUUUUCACUCUCUUUUUACUCUCCUCAGAAGCUUCGCUCACUCGCUUUCGACCCUUUUUCGUUCCUCCUUUCCUCCUCCUUCGAAUAUUUUCAGUCACUCUAUUCUCCCACUCUCUCCCGGCCCUGUUUCGCACCUUCUCCGGCACUCCUGCUACACUCCCACACCCACUUUUCACUCUCUUUUUACUCUCCUCAGAAGCUUCGCUCACUCUCUUUCGACCCUUUUUCGUUCCUCCUUUCCUCCUCCUUCGAAUCUUUUCAGUCACUCUUUUCUCCCAAUUUCUUUCAGCCUCCCUAUCCUCACGCUCUCCCGGCUCAACUCUACAAGACUCUUGGAAAGUUCGCCUCUGUUAAAGCGACUUUCUGGUCCCUCUGUUGGAUCCAAAAUUGCCACUCGACUCGACUCAACUUGUUGGUGCAACAUGUUGACCCCUUUGCCUUUUGUGACCGAUUGCAUAAAUGCGGCAAUCGGUCUCAGGGACUCGAUCAAAUCGGCUUCGAGACACUUGCGAAAUCGCGUCGUUCAGUUUUCCAGUCAGCAUUGCAAGAGUCGAUUGCUGAAUUGCCCUCAUAUUUCCUUCAAUAAAAAACCGGUUUGCUCGACUCGAUCUCUCCUCUUAUGUGCCAAGCAAUCAAGCACAGCCAAUAGAUGGGAGCAUAAAAAUGUGAUUUGGGACGAUCGUGGCUUAUCCCAGAAAUCACUGACAUCCAUGGCAAUGUUGCUUAAUGGUAUUGUAUUACCAUUUGACGCGAACGAACCGGAGUAA